GCGCAUCGUUGCUUACAAACAGUCGAACCGCGUAGGAAGACACAUCGUACCGGGUUGUUGCAUCGAGCGGGAAUUACUUUAUCGGAAACCUCCGUCAACGGCGCGAAUUUGAAAGGCGAGAAACGAUCGGAAUAACUCGUCCAGCAGGAAGUGAUACGUUUUUUGAUAUUCAUUUUUUUGCGACCAAGCGAAUAACCUUCUUGCAUUCAUUUCCUCGUGGAUCGAAUGCAUGAUUUAGGCGCCAGUCGGUGCAGUCGCGAAAGGGAAUCGAAUUAAUGUGGUGCAUGGUGCAGUAGAGCUACGUGCAGUAGGGCAGUGCAGUGUGUUCAUAUUAUCUCAUCGAAAUCGAGGUUACCCGACAAGUGCAUCGUGUUUUUGAUUUGUGUCAUAUAAAAUGGGCCACCUUAGUAUACAUGCUGUGAAUUAAUGAAACAACAACACCACUUCAGUUGCAUUUGGAGGAAAAAGUGCAUCAUACCUUGGAAGCGGACAGCGAGCAGAGCGCCGAGUUUACCGAGAACUGCUGCAAGCAACUCCUUAUGACUCUGUGUGUUAUGCGAGUCUGAACCACACUGCUUUAGCAACUCGUUGUUUGGUUUGUUUUGCUUGGCGGUUAUGUUGAAAGUGAACAAGAGUUAGUUGAACUCUAAAGUUCUACGAAAACGGAUGUUUGUACGGAGCGGUUGAAGUGAAGGCCACGCAGCGGGAAUUGACCGAACGGUGUUGAGUGCUUUCUGUGAGCUUUUUUUUAUCGGCGUCCAAUACCAUUCACAUCUAGUGAAAAUGAAUAAAUCUGUGAUAAUUAUAAGCAUCUUCAUCGUUCUGGCGAACAUUCAAAUCCCCCCAGUGGAAUCUACCGUUUUACGGUUAAUCACCGAAGCCCUCCAAAACAACAUCGCCGGCAUUCCGUUGAUCCACAAAACCGAAGAGUUCGACUUCGACCCGGAAGUGAGCCAAAAACGACGAGAAUUGUACUACGAGCAACACGGAUAUCGAGGAGAGAAGGCCAUAGAGCGACUGGGACUCGGCAUCGAUGGCAAGCAUCGGGAGCGGGCAGCCCAACAGCGAGCACGUGACGAAGGACACCUGAAUGGGUUGAACGAUCACCAGCCUUGAAAGCCGAUCGGUUAUGAGAUGAGAGAUGAGACGUUGUCAUACGUCGCCAUCGCGUGAAUGGAGUAUUUGCGAGUGAUACGAAUGUAUGUGUGGUUCGGUUCUGGUUUCCCAAUGAUACCCAGUGCUCUUUUAGUCAUAGCUACUUGUUGUGGCUCUAUGCAAAUGCUUCGAAUCGCAAGAAGCUGGGAUAUAGAGCCGCUUUUGCUGAAUAAGAUUCGUAACCGUACGAUGUGAUGAAGCUGAUCGUACCAAUUAGCUUGAUUUUGUCCAAGUACUGUUACCAGAACCAGUUUUGGUGGCAACUACGGUAUAUGGCAAAAUUGAUGGAGAAUGUGCAAUAACGUAAGUGAUCAAUACAGUGAAUAGAUUUUUAUACUAGGUAGCUCAUAUAGAAUAAAACAAAUUUUGAAAUUUU